UUAUCCUACCUUAUAAACAUGAUAAAUCUAAAAUCGGUCAUCUUGUCAGUUCGUUAGGUAUUUGUGUUUGAACAAAACACACGGAAAACUACGCAUUGACGUCACUAUGCUACUUCUGGCGUAGAAAAAACAGUGCAGAAAAUGUUUAAAGGUUAGAACAUGUCAGCAUCUUUUGAAACAGUGUCAGUGGUUGAUGUACACAAAGAUAAUAUACAGACAAUAUGGCCAUCUUUGAUGUUAGCUUUGAAAUCUUCAACUUAUGUAGCGAUAGACACAGAACUGAGUGGUAUUGGUAACAGAAAGACUUUAAAUGCAAAACUAUUAGAGGACAGAUAUAAGUCCAUGUCAGAAAGUGCAAAGUCAAGGUCAAUUGUCUCCCUUGGGUUAUCAUGUUUUAAACUGACAGAAGUGACAACAUGUAACAGUACUCCUGUAACCAAUGGUGAUGGAGAUGAUUGUGAUGACGAAAAUAAAUCUAUUAAGUCAAAUAAAUGGGUAUUUUCAGUACAGACUUUUAACAUUACAGCAUUGUGUUCAGAUGAAUAUAUAGUUGAACCACCAUCACUGGAAUUUUUGGUUGAUCAUGGAUUUGAUUUUAAUAAACAGUAUGCUAAAGGGAUUUCAUAUUACAGAGGACCAGACAGGCCAGAUUUUGCUGGACCCUCAUUUUUACGUCAGUUAUUCAUCAGUCUGCUAGUGUCUGAAGUUCCAGUUGUUUUCCAUAAUGCCUUAAUGGACCUAAUGUUCCUGUAUCAGAACUUGUAUACAAACUUACCCUCCUCUUCAGCAAUGUUUCUAGCAGAUCUCACUGAAAUGUUCCCCAAUGGAAUGAUAGAUACUAAAUAUGUCACAGAUUUCCAACACAGAAUGCCUGCAUCAUAUCUAGAAUAUGUAUACAGGAAACGACAGAGAGAUAAUUAUUUUGGAAUAGAGAACCAUAGAUCAUACUGUGCAAUAGACAUUCCUAACUACACCAAGAUGUCUGACCAAGUAAUUGUAUGUAAUGUUAAAUUACCACAGUCCUAUACAACAGAUAUACCAGAGGAACAGGUUGACAAGCUAAAGGAUUCUGUCUGUGAAGUUUUCGGGGGUCAUGGUUGGUGUGGAAAAGGAAGUAAAUGUAAAAGAUCACAUGACAUUGACCUAAUUCUAGAUUUAGACCAGUUUGUUCAAACAAAAAAGAGACGUAAACGGAAGCGAAGACGUCAUAAUAAAGAAAACAGUGAGUUAUUAGAAGAAAGUAAUACUACCAUUGAUGAUUCAAUACAAGAGGAGGUAACUGCGAUGGAAAAUGAGGAACACAAUGAAUCUCAUGCUAAAGAAAUAACACUUCCGGCAGAUAUAUUGAAGAAACCUGUUGAAAUUGUACGAUCAGGUAGUCAUAGGGCAGGGUUUGAUGCUUUCAUGACUGGAUUUAUUUUAUCUACGUACAUAGCUCAGUAUGGAUCUUACAAUGGAAGCUUACUUUUGAAAGAUUUUGGAGUUGAGCAGAUGAAAAAUUCUAUAUAUUUGACAGGUAAAGAUCACCCACUUAAUAUUGUAAAGAGUAGCUUUGCCAAAACAUCCAAAGAACAUAGAGACAAAUUAAUGAAACUGAAAGUAGGUAGACCAUUGGAUUCAUAAGUUUUAUUAUUGUGUUUAAUUAAAUAUGUUGUAUCAGUGUUUACAGGGACAAAGAGUCAAAUUUUAGCCUGUUUUCAUCAAUUACCAUUUUAAGAUCAUUUUGAGAACAUUUUCUUCUUUUAACAUACAUGUUCAUCUAUUUGACCAUAUUAUCAUCAAUUAAAAGAUAUUGAUGCAU